CCUGGGGCCUUUGGUGGCGGUGGCGGCUUGGCCUCCAACCUGCAGAGGGUACCUCUCUUGGGGCGGGGUCUGCCGGAGGAGCGAUGGGGGUGGGCACGCAGUGACUGCCUGCCGACGUCUGACCGUGCAUCCCUGACCCUGGGCUUCACCGGUAGCGCGCAGCGGGAGUUGUCUCCUGGGGCCUCCCCCCGGGGCGGGGGGGGGCUGGGCUGCCAGCACCUGUGCUCUGGCCCCUAGACUGUCCCAAGGUAGCGGGCCUGGGCCGUUCAGAGGCAUCUCCCCCGCAGCCUGCCGCUUAGGGGCAUCUGCAGCCUGAAGACAGAAUGCUCAAGGGACAGCUUCCAAACACGGGCAGAGGCCUCGCAGCCCACCCAGGGUCCCCACCUACCAACAACGGUCAGGGCCCUGAGAAGAGCCCGGUGCUCCCUCUGAACCUUCCAGCACAAAUCAGCAAUGAGGACCCACAAGCCAAGGCCACACCCUUCACCCCAAAGCCACCGACGAGGCCCCGGCUGGAGCGAGCUCUGUCACUGGACGAGAAGGCAUGGAGGAGGCGGCGUUUUCAAACCAGCCACGAGGACCUGGCCGCACGCAGUGGGGCCAGCCCCUCUAGGGGCUCCUUGCAGGACGAGGUCCCCAGGGCCCCCACCCACACUGACUCCCCACCCUGCCUGAGCACCUCCUUGCAGGAAAUCCCCACAUCCCGCAGGGCCCAGGGCAGCGCCGGAGGGAGCCCGAACUCGUGGGGUCACUGUAUCUCCGGAAUGAUCGGCACUUCCCUGGACCUCCUGCACCGGGACGGGGCCUUGGCUGGGAGCCCCAGCAGGCUGCCGGCUGUGGGCCAGAAGGUGGCCUCCAAUUCCCUGCGGUCAGCAGACAGGGUGGACUCGGUUCAGACCGACUGCAAGUCCCGCCUGCAGAGCAGACUGUUCCGGGCCCACGGCAGCCUGGGCCCCGGCCGGCCCCCAAGCCCCCUGGCCUGUGAUGCCAAAUCCUUCAGCCUCCUGGCGCCCAUCCGCGCCAAGGACGUCCGGAGCAGGAGCUACCUGGAGGGGAGUCUCCUGGCGAGCGGGGCACUGAUGGGGGCAGAAGAGCUGGCCCGGUACUUCCCAGACCGCAACAUGGCCCUCUUCGUGGCCACCUGGAACAUGCAGGGCCAGAAGGAGCUGCCCCCAAACCUGGACGAGCUCCUGCUGCCCGCCGAGGCCGACUACGCCCAGGACCUGUACGUCGUCGGGGUCCAGGAGGGCUGCUCCGACAGGCGGGAGUGGGAGACGCGCCUGCAGGAGACGCUGGGCCCCCACUACGUCACACUGUACUCAGCGGCCCACGGGGCGCUCUACAUGUCCGUGCUCAUCCGCAGGGACCUCAUCUGGUUCUGCUCAGAGGUGGAGAGCUCCACGGUGACCACGCGCAUCGUAUCUCAUAUCAAGACCAAGGGGGCCCUGGGCGUCAGCUUCACCUUCUUUGGCACCUCCUUCCUCUUCAUCACGUCCCACUUCACCUCCUUGCUGGAGAGGCCCCCCCCACGCUCUGUUCUCACAGCUGGAGACGGGAAGGUGAGCGAGAGGCUGCUGGACUAUAGCAGAACCGUCCAGGGCCUGGCCCUGCCCAAGAGCGUGCCCGACACCAGCCCCUUCCGCUCCGACGCUGCGGAUGUCACCACCCGGUUCGAUGGGGUGUUCUGGUUUGGAGACUUCAACUUCCGUCUGAGCGGUGGGCGUGUGGCCGUGGAGGCCAUCCUGAAGCAGGACCUGGGAGAGAAGGUGUCUGCCCUGCUCCAGCAUGACCAGCUCACCCAGGAGAUGAAGAAAGGGUCCAUCUUCAAGGGUUUCCAGGAGCCGGACAUUCACUUCCUUCCAUCGUACAAGUUCGACAUUGGGAAGGACUCCUACGACACCACCUCCAAGCAGAGGACCCCCUCUUACACGGACCGGGUCAUGUACAGAAGCCGCCACAAGGGUGACAUCUGUCCCAUCAAGUAUUCCUCCUGCCCUGGCAUCAAGACGUCUGACCAUCGCCCCGUGUACGGCCUGUUCCGGGUGAAAGUGAGGCCGGGGAGAGACAACAUCCCGCUAGCUGCUGGCAAGUUUGACCGGGAACUGUACUUAAUAGGAAUUAAAAGACGGAUUUCCAAAGAAAUUCAGAGACAGCAGGCUCUGAAGAAUCAGCACUCGAGUACUAUUUGUACUGUUUCUUGAGGUCUGCCCAAGGGCCUCUGGCACCUCCACCGGGAGGUUACUUGAUCAAAAGCCCCUAAAGACCGAAGAGGUUGCUGUGUGGGACUUCUUUUUGGGCUGCCGACGAACCACUGCUCGAGACUGACACGCUUUCUUACCAAGAACCCCACGGGGAGGCCAGCAGACCGGCCAGGCGGUACUGAGGCACCGGGGCCCCCGCCCGGAACGACACCAGCCACGCUCGCUCACAGCACGUCCCGGCAGGCCCCGCGCCGGCCGCACGUGCGGUGCCGGGAGGCAGGCGGUUGGGGGGGGCGGGGCCUGGAGCGGCCUGCUCACCCAGAGCGGGCGUUGGCAGCCUCCCAGCAGCCGCUCCAGUGCAAACUGGGAGGUGCCCUUCCCGCUCUGAGCACAGCGGGCCGGUACCGAAGAGGUAAGCUGCUCGGGGUCAGGCGGCCGAGGGGGGCGGUCUCUGUCCCACCGGUGCACACGCGGACUGAGGCCAGGCCCGGCCGGUGAGGCCAGAACCAGCCGACUUCCAAGCAGGGAACCCAGUCCUGCUGGGACAAGGCGGCCUGGCCUGUUUCAGGGCCGCCUCUCAUCUUGGGGGGCUGGCCCGGCCCAUCCAGCCAUGAAGCCACCUCCCUCUCCUCUUCUGGUUUUGGUGAUUUAAGACCAUUUGCAUACACGUCGCCAGCCUCAAAUAGCAUUAGCAUAAGUAGUGCACUUCCUGGCCUGAGAAAGCAGGGGAGGCUUAGGGUGUCCCCACCACAUUCCGGGUCUCUUCUUUCUUCGAGGGCUGAGUGCGUGACUGCCCACGAUGGCUUCUGAAGACAGGCUCUGAAUGUGGGAAAACCAAGGGGCACUCAAUCUAGUCUUUUAUUUAUUUUUCCAUAUUUAUAUUUUUAAAUAAAUCCAUAUAUUAAAUCUUAAACUCUUUCUGGCCAAAGAUCGAGUCCUAGAAAGAGAUCAUCUGUACACUGAGCCUGUUCUCCUGAUGUUCUCAGAAAACGAGGGUGUCCAGUUCAAUGGCAGGAAGUUUGGGGUAUACCGUGGCUCCCCGGGGCCAUCUGCUCUGCACCCAGCUGCCACCUCAACCGUGGGGCUGGCUGGAGGGGAGCUUUUAAGGGAGAAGGGGACACCCCAGACCUGAGUGGAGGAAAUGAAGUCACUUCCACAGGGCAUGUGUACCCCCUUUAUUAGUGCCCACUUCCACAACACGGAACCAGGCACACCCAGUCUCUGACACAGAGGGGAGAGUCUGUUCAUGAGAAGGUCCAGUCAACCCCAUCGGACUUCAAGAAACUUGACUGUAUAAAAUUUUACUCAAAGAAAUGUGCUGUUGAGUUUUGAAUCAUGAUCUGAAAAUGUCUGUUACAGAUUUUUGCGGUGAGGGGCCUGGAGAGGAGGCAUUUUUAUGCAUCUUCCCAGGCACCAUCUCUGACCGACAGGACAGUGAUGGCGCAGCAUGGAGUCUGGCUUGAGACGGGGCUUUGUGUCUUAUGGGGAUCGUUGACACACACCUGAGGGGUCACGGGUCCCAAGUCAGGACACUCCCUUAAGAGCAGCCAGGAGAUUUGAGAUGAACAGGUUUCACUUAGAAAGUGGGGUUAAAAUUCAGAUGCAUGAAAACAUGGGCCAGUCUCUGAAAACCAGCUUCACCAAGAAUCGAGAAGCACAGCAUGAGGGUGGUUUUCAUGACCCGGCUCUCAUCGCCUCCAUGUAUUCUGCUGGCGCCAGGCCUCCCUCGGGCACCUGCUGAGCCUGCGGCAGCCAGCCCUGAAGGCUGCGUGGGGCCGAGAACAGGGAGGGGGCACAGCCGCAUGCCAAGGGGAGCAGAGGUGCCAGGCCAUGACAGGGUCAGGGGAGAAGCCAGUGGGAAGUAGUACAGGCAGGUUAGCACCAGCUUCCUGACCCUGGGUCUGGGCAGCACUUUGGCUGGCCCCAACAUCCACCCAGGCCUCAUGUCUUCACGAGCUCUGCCCCCCCACCCCCCACCCCACUGCAUGCCUGCCGUGCGGACAAACUCCUGCCCUCUAUCUCCCCUGGGUGCUGCCCUCCCCCUGGGGUAACCACAGAAACAAGGCAGUCCUGCUGCCCACCCGCCCUCCAACUCAGGCUCGUCUCCCUCGGGCCCCACCCCAGUGGGCAUGGAGGGCCUGGCAUCCCUGUUGUGCACCCCCCGCCCCCCCAGCAAAUGUAGUCAUUGGCACGUGUGCUGGAAAGGCACCUAAACAGGACGAUGGGCUCCGGCAGAAUAAGUGGAUCAAAUAACCCAAGUAACAUUUACAUGUCGAUCUCGGAACAGCCCUGCCCUCCUGCCCGUGCGGCCGGCUCUCUCCCCAGCUGCCGAAUGCUGGGGACAGCAGCGGCCCUGCAGCUACAAGAGGUGGCCCACGUGGGCUCCUGGGGACUCUACACGCACUCAUGUUGGAGAACCACAAAGCUAACAAAGCUAGCCCAUGUUACUAGGCACCGGGCCCUGCGGCACUCCUGACACGGCCACGCGCACCGGCUGAAUCUAGUGCGCCUUCACUUUCCAGCACGUUCCUGGCUUUGCUCUCCCCACCGGCCACUGAGUCUGCCUCCCGUCCUGUGUGCUCAGACAUGCCCGCAAUCAGAACAAAGUAUAAGAGGCCUCGCGACGUUGGGUCCAACCGGACGACCCUGAGGGAGAUACCCCACUUGCCCGCUUCCAGCCGUUUCAGGGAUGCUGCUGCUACUGCAGACACCCCAUCCUUACUGAAAGUGAAGGAAAACCGUGCUGAGAGAAACGCUCCACGAAGCAGACCAGGGG